CAAAUUUAGGUGUAAAGAUGCUCAAACCAAUUAACAAAAUGGAGGCAAAGCUGUGGCAGUGACUGCCUGGGAGCAGGCGGAGCUAUCAGAGCGCACAGCCCAGAGCAAAGGAGGGAUUCACCUUGUCUGCUACCCUGAGCCUUCUGCCAAUCCCGAAGGAUCUGGGAGCACAUGGAAGGUUGGUUGGAGUGCAACACUUGGAGUGGCGGGCGGCAAAACAGCGGAUAAAGAGGAUAAUAACCGUACCAGCUUCACCAGCCUGUGGAGAGAACAGCUGAAGAGAGCAUGUGAAAUUGCUGUGAUGAAUAGCAGAAGAGGGAAAGGCUUCUUGCAGUGAGGGAGAUCUAAGCAGCACAUCAGGCCAGGAGGAAAACAGAGAAAAAAGUUUUUUGGAUGUAACCAGGCUCCCAAAAAGGCAAAGAAGAAGAUAGAAGGUGGUUCCAACGUAUUCUCUAUGUUUGAACAAACCCAGAUCCAGGAGUUCAAAGAGGCUUUUACCAUCAUGGAUCAGAACAGGGAUGGCUUUAUUGACAAAGCAGACUUGAGAGACACGUUUGCUGCUCUAGGUCGUCUGAAUGUCAAGAAUGAAGAGCUUGAAGACAUGGUGAAGGAGGCGCCAGGUCCUAUUAACUUCACUGUCUUCCUUACUAUGUUUGGGGAAAAGCUGAAAGGCACGGACCCAGAAGAAACCAUUCUGAAUGCUUUUAAGAUUUUCGACCCAGAAGGAAAAGGCCGCAUAAAGGCAGACUACAUCAAAGAAAUGCUGAUGACACAGGCAGACCGGUUCAGUCAAGAAGAGAUCAACCAGAUGUUUGCUGCUUUCCCUCCAGAUGUCUCUGGUAACCUUGACUAUAAGAACCUCUGUUAUGUUAUCACCCACGGUGAGGAGAAAGACUAAGAGCAGAGAGAUGAGCUGCUCCUGUGGUGCUGCACCAAGUUAUUUCAUAAUGCCUUUGUAUGCAAGACAAAGGGCUAAACAUCCAGUAUGUGAAGCCAUGUGGUCAUCAGAAGAGAACCAAUAAAACAAUUGAAAUUAGAUUAAAG